AUGGCUUCUUUGGAUCCUCGCAUUCAAUUCCACAUCUCUACCUUCAUUCCUUCCUUCGGCGACGUUUGCAAGAAGGUCAAGCGGUGCCCCCAUGUCCAGAAGGGUUCCCUCAACCACCUCGCCAUGGUUGAGAUAUCGAGGACGGGUCUGGGGACCCUGUGGAGCCAUUGCCCGAGGACUGUCAAACCCUGCCGUACCUUGCCCAGCAAGUUGCAGCCGAACGACGAUGAGGUUGCCGCGGCGCGCCCGUCCAUCAACGCUGCGUGGCACAAGAGCCCCGAAUUCCCAGAGUGCCUUCGAGGGACGGACGAGAUAGGAAUAGUGGAGGUAUUCUUUUAUUACCGGGAUCACGUUGCGCCCAUCCAGCUGCCCCUCAUGUGCCGUGUACAUGGGGACUGGGAGAUAGAGCUGCCGUUCCGCCAGCCGGUCACUCAGGAGGUCAUUCCAUGCCUCAAUGGCUGGAAGAGGGACCCUAAGGAGUACCCGGCACGCUUCGACAUUUACGACGUCCAGCAAGCUAAGUUCAUUCCCCUCGGGUCCGUCAACGAACCCAUUCGCAUCCCCCUACCCCUUCGGCACGUCAUCCUUGUUAAAUACGAGAGUAUCUACGACACCAUGUGGCCCCUCUACUGGGCUAAAGGGAUCCGCCCUUCAGGGGCUCUGGGUGGAAUCCUGGCCAACAUGUACCCCGCCCGUCCAUCUGGCCCGUGGGCUUCAAUUUCCCCAGGACCCGCAUCAACACGUUCGGAGGGCGAUCCGGACUGUACCGUGGAGAGAAUGAACGUUCGAGAAGAUGAGGUCUCAGCAGAUGGGGACUCGGAUGGGGACUCGGAUGGGGACUCGGAUGCGGAGGAUUGGGAUGGUGAGACGGCCAUGGGGGACUGA